AUGAUAACCUCAGUUAGAUAGAGUGAGAAUAGAAAGCUUUUACAAAAUAAAAAGAGCUAAAACUAAAAUCCAUUCAAAAGAGCUUAAUCAUAAUUUAAGUAAUAAUUAAUUAAAUUAAGAAAAUCCAUCAUUUGCCAAUCAUUUCGUACAAUUUCACAUGUUGUAGUAAUUCAUUUAUUGAUAAUGAAUAAUGAAAUUUAACUAUUUUAAUAUAAAUUAUUAUUAUUUAUAUGAUACUACAAGUCCACCUAAGAGUUUUUCCAAAUUAGAAGAGGAAAAUAUGCAGAGUAUAAUAACUUAAAAAAAUUUGAUAUAUUGGUUUACAAAAAUACAUCAUAAGAUCCUUUAAUAUGUUUUAAUUAUGAUGAUUUUAAAGGGGUAUUACCUGUAACUAUUAAUGGUAUUAAAUUUCUGAAAAUUGAUUGGAGUUAUUUUAUAGCAUCUCCUAAUAUAUCAUCUUAAUAGAAGGCUCAUUGUUUUUGGACUGUUGGAUAUAAAUUUGAUAUCAAUAUGAAGAAGAUGAAGAGAUCAUAGAAUAUUAAAUAUCGUCUUAUCAUUUAAAGUUGGUGUUGUUUUAGCAAUUAAAUCUUGGGUGAAAAAUAAAUGGGAUAGAUUAUUAGAACAUAAAACUGGACAUUAUCUAAUUGGAUGUUUAUGUGCUUUAGAUUUAGAUAAAAGUAAAAAUAUAAAUAAAGAGUAAAAUAAAGCAGACAAAUACAAAUAUACUAAGAAUUAUAGAAUGGAAUGAAUUAAGUUGUUUCAAGAUACAUUCUAGUUUUAUUUGUAAAUGGAGAAACAAUAUGA